CAGCUCCCGCCCUCCCUCUCCUAACACUAAAGAGUGUUAACACAGCUCUCUCUCUCUCUCUCUCUCUCUCUCUCUCUCUCAAUUGGGAAUUCUCUUGCUUUACAUCUCUCUCCCUGAAAGAUGUCAGAUCUGAAACAGUUUCUUGGAGGGGCCUUCCAUAAGCUAAUCUCUCCUGAGUUGCUGGACUUCUUACUCCAUUGGAAAAUGGACUUAGAUGAAGUGGAGUCACUGAAGCAGACAUUAACCAUGAUCCAGGCCUUAUAUGAUGAAUCUGAAGUGAAGCAGUCUACCAAAGAUGCUGUGAAACUGUGGCUCGACCACCUCAAACAACUCCUUCAUGAUGUGGACAUACUAUGUCUGAAAUUGGGAUCUGAAUCUCAGAUCUACCCUCACCAAACCCAACAGGUACGCAACCUUGUUUCUCUCACUCCAAAUGAAUGUAGUGCCGCUUCACCUUUGUUGAAGGCUGAUACUGAAUCUGUGGUCAAGGGCAUCAAUGUGCCUGAUGGCUUUGGACCUAAAGAGCUGCAGGAAAUUAAUAAGUCUGAAUCAAAAGUAAUGGAUAUCUACAAUAGGUUUAAAAGUGUAGCACAAGAAGGUGUUGCUCUAGGUUUGAACUCGAGCAUGCGAUCUAGGUCCUUAAGGCACAUGAUACUCAGUCAAAGGCCACCGACGAGUUCUUUAGUGAAUAGAUCUAAAGUUUUUGGCAGAGACGAAGAUAUGUGGAAGAUUAUUCGAUUGUUGCAAAGUCGUCCUAGUAACAAUGAUAAUAAUUUCUCGGUGCUGCCCAUUGUCGGCAUAGGUGGAGUUGGAAAGACAACCCUUGCUCAAUUUGUCUAUAACCAUGAGAUUAUCCAGAAACAUUUUAAUCUGAAAGCUUGGGUCUGUGUUUCCGAAGAUUAUGAUGUGGUCAAGUUAACUCAAAAAAUUCUGGAGUCAAUCCCUGGGUCAACCCUUCCUUCUAAUUCACUAGAUGCAUUACAGGUUAAACUCAAAGAAACAUUGACUAACAAAAGAUUUUUAUUUGUUUUGGAUGGCAUGUGGAAUGAGAUCGAUGAUGACAUGUGGAACGAGAUCUACGAGAGAUGGGAUGCUUUAAGGAUCCCUUUCACAUUUGGUAAGUCAGAGAGCAAGAUAUUAGUUACAACACGAAACAAAGGUGUAGCAUCAAUCCUACGCACUGAUCAUUGCCAUUACCAUGAUCUAAAAGGUUUGUCAGACAAGGAUUGUUUGGAAAUCUUUAGAAGGCAUGCUUUCAUGGAUGAGAAUUCAUCUUAUGCCAAUGAAAAGUUGAAAGUAUUUGGAGAAAAAAUUUUAAAUAAGAGUAAGGGUUUACCUUUGGUUGUAAAGAUAUUUGCUGGCGUCAUGCGAGUUAAAACGGAGAAUAGUGAAUGGAAAGAUAUUUUGGAGAAACUGGAGAAACAGGUAGAACCCAAUAUUAAUCUUGUCACUCAUAAUUCAGAAAAUGGUUCUACUGUUUCACAAAAUACAUCCUUCAAUAAAUUUGUGCAUGGUGUUGAUCCUCAAAUUCACCUCAUUUUUACCAUGCGGAAAAGAUCUUGCUUGUGAGAAAAGGCCACACAUCUAAGUGAGUAUGUAUAUGUCCAAGAUGGAUAUAUGCUUGUAAAACUCUUUUUUUUUUUUUUUUUUUUUAAGUAUGCUUGUAAAACUUGAUGGUUAGAAUAACGAUUGCAUGUGUUAUCUUCUUAAUUAAGGUUAAGGUUUCUCUGUUUAGUGUCCA